AGUUCUAGGGGCCACAUGAGGUUAAGCUACAGGCCUCAUGGUAUUUUUGUGCCAAAAGUCUCCAAAACAGACUUUUCAGCCAAUGUCAAAACAGCUUUAUGUGAAAUUAUUUGACAGGGGGUUCAGUACUGAACAUCUAAAUUCUGUUCUGCACUUUAAAAUCACAAAUUCUUAAUAUUACACUAUUAUAAUAUUUUAUAUUUUGACUAAUCAGUGCUUUUAUUCACUUCAGUGACUGUAUUUAUUCAUUCUGGAGGUUAGACAUCAGUAUGUGUAUAUUCCUGUCUUCCACCACGCCUACUAGAAUACUCAAAGUAACUCUUUAGUAUUUUAAAUUUUAAUUUUUUUCUCCUUAUCAAUUUGCAGUGAGCAUGUCCACAGCACUGCUCUGUCUUGUUGGCCACAGAGGCCACAGUCCAGUGCUCUCUGCAGCUAAGGAAUCUUAAGCCUUGAGCCCCACCAUCCCUCUCCAAUAGGAAAUCUAGGUGUCAAACUGGAGGAAGCAGCCCUGUUUGAAUUAGAGUGAGUGAUAUUGGUGUCAGGGUAUCCCUUUUAAAGAGUUAGUACUGACAUAUUUUGGUCCAUUGUAGUUUUCAAACUUUUUCGUCUAGUUUUUCUCAUUAUCCCUUGUUCAAAUGAACUCUUAACCAAGGAUGUCACUGUGCAUCCUGGGAGGAGAGGGAGGAGACAGGAGGAUAGUGGCCACCAGUCCAGAGCCCCAGCUUAGACCCUCCUCCUCAUCCCCACCCAACACAGCUCAAGAAUCCUCAAAUCUCAUUUAAAAUGCUUUUUAGAAAAUGUGUUCUGUGAUAUGAACUAAGAACUCACCUAAGAACUUGGUUUAAAAGCAGGAACCACUGCUGGUGGAAAAGUGGUUUUUAAGUACAAAGGAAAAUGCUCUGCGUUAACGGCUCUUGUUUCAGCCAUAAAAGAGUUAAUGCACCGAGCAAUAAAGGCUGCGAUUUGAUUCUGCAGCGGGGAUAGUGCUCUCAGUCUCUGUCAUUUGUGGUUCAGAGAAGGGGGUGGUGUUCUGCAUUUGAAAGGACUUUAAUGAAUGCUGUCAGUGUUUGUGCGAGUCCAGGGUCUGGAUGGGAAGGGGAGCAGGGAAAGUGCUGGGGCUGCUUCAGGAUAGGUGGAUCAGAGUUUGCUCCGAUCGAGCGGAGUGUUCCACCGCGUUCAUCUUUAUUCAUUACCCUUUGUUCUUCAUAGUCUGAUAUAUUGGGAUGAAAGUAAAUGGAGAUAUAUAUUUGAACGAUUUGUUUUCUUUUAAAGCUAUUUUUUGGGUACAGCAGGGAAUAUACUUCUCUUGUCUUGGUUGGAUACACAAAUCUGUGCGCCGUGUUUUUUGCCCGUUGCCUAGACGAUCACUCGGUUUCUCUGAGGAUGUCUGGUUCUCGCAAAGAGUUUGACGUGAAACAGAUUUUGAAAAUCAGGUGGAGGUGGUUUGGCCAUCAAGCAUCGUCUAACUCUUCCGUUGACAGCCAGCAGGGAGAAUUUUGGAACCGAGGACAGACCGGAGCAAACGGUGGGAGAAAGUUUUUAGAUCCGUGUAACCUACAAUUGCCUUUGGCUUCCAUUGGUUACCGAAGGUCCAGCCAACUGGAUUUCCAGAAUUCACCUUCUUGGCCAAUGGCAUCCACCUCAGAUGUCCCUGCAUUUGAGUUUACAGCAGAAGGCUGUGCUGGUGCACACUGGCUGGAGAGACCAGAAGUGGACGAUGGCACUAGUGAAGAGGAAAAUGAAUCUGAUUCCAGCUCGAGCAGGACUUCCAAUAGUAGUCAGACAUUGUCUUCCUGCCAGGCUAUGGAGCCAUGCUCAUCAGAUGAAUUCUUUCAAGCCCUUAACCAUGCAGAGCAAACAUUUAAAAAAAUGGAAAACUACUUGAGGCACAAGCAACUGUGUGACGUCAUUUUAGUCGCUGGCGACCGCAGGAUUCCAGCUCACAGACUGGUGCUGUCUUCCGUCUCAGAUUAUUUCGCUGCUAUGUUUACUAAUGAUGUCAGGGAGGCGAGGCAAGAGGAAAUCAAAAUGGAAGGUGUGGAGCCGAAUUCCUUGUGGUCCUUAAUUCAGUACGCGUACACAGGCCGACUUGAGCUGAAGGAAGACAACAUCGAGUGCUUGCUGUCCACAGCCUGCCUGCUCCAGCUCUCCCAGGUGGUGGAAGCCUGCUGCAAGUUCUUGAUGAAGCAGCUCCACCCGUCCAACUGCCUGGGGAUUCGGUCCUUCGCGGAUGCCCAAGGCUGCACAGAUCUGCAUAAAGUGGCUCACAAUUACACGAUGGAACAUUUCAUGGAAGUAAUCAGGAACCAGGAGUUUGUGUUACUCCCAGCCAAUGAGAUCGCCAAGCUCUUGGCCAGCGAUGACAUGAACAUCCCGAACGAGGAGACCAUACUGAACGCGCUUCUCACCUGGGUCCGGCACGACCUGGAGCAGAGGCGGAAGGAUCUCAGUAGACUUUUGGCUUACAUUAGGCUACCUCUCCUUGCGCCACAGAUAAUGCAUCAUCGCUGUCCAGCAUGAGUAGACGUUGCUGUUUGCACUCUAUCUAGCAGAGAGAGGAGUCACUGCCAAGGCUUCAGGCCAAGGCCUCCCUCUUUACAAUGGACCUGCAUGAAUGGAUGGCAAGUCGGGGAAAAUAACAUAAUAAAGUAAUUCUCUUGAAAUCAUAUUUAAAGAGGGCACUUAAAUUUCCUUGCUUCCUAGUAGAUAUUCUCGCUUAUUCUUUUCUAGAUGAAAGAAAGUAAAAUAUGAAAAAUCUUAUUAGGUGUUGGAAAGAGCCUGAAAUAUAACCACAUAGCACGGAAACAUGAUUUCAGUUCUGCGGUCUGAAGGGCACUGUGAUGUGGCAAGCUUCCCACCAACCUUUAAAACUCCUGCUCCUGUGAACUUGGGGAUAGGACACUUCCCUGAGUCCUUAAACUUGAAAGGCAGGAGGUCAUUUUGGCCAACACCUGGGGUACAAGCGAAGCAUCGGGCCAAUACAAGUACAAGCAGAUGUUCAGAGCCACCAGAUAGCUGCUCGCUUCCCUGUCCUCCCUCAAGUGUGGCUCUGCCUGCCUUUACUGCUGACUAACAUGGAGCUCCUGAGAGCCAGAGCUAGGACUUGGACCCAAGUGCAGCUCUGUGCCCUUUCCACAGACUCGUCUGUCCCUUAAACACACUGUGUAUAAAGCUACAGAGUAUAGGUUAAGGGGAAACAAUACAAACAAGGUGAGGUUACAAAGUGCUAAGCAGAGGUCAUGCUAGGAGAGGGAGCAAGAUGUGAAAACAACCAGGGACCCAAAGAUCAAAACAACAACAACUGGCAGAGAACCAGAGUGGCCCUCCUUACAUGUCAUGUGAUCUGCAUCUUGUACUAGCCAUCAGAGGUGGCUGGGGGAGGAGGGUGGGUUCCAGGAAAGAGGCCAGAUUGCACACUGCUGGGAAGCAUACACUAUGGAAGGUAAAGAACACUUACUCGACUGGAGCUCAAAAAUAAAGAGGGCAAAGUUAGGCGAUCAGGCUAGAGAAGGACUUUAACCAGAUUGUUAACCAGAACCUUUCAGCAUGCCAAGGAGUUUGCACUUUAUCCUAAAAGCAACGAGGAGGGUAGAGGAAGGGUUUAUCAUAGGAAUGGCAUAAUGUAACUCUGUUUGGCGAGAACACUAUAAGUGCACUGCGGAGAAUCAGGGUCAACACUAGAAACCCAUUAGAAAGGUGUUCAGCCAGGCGAAGUAGACACUCAGGCAGUGCCAGAGAGAAGUGACCAGAAACUGACGAAACUGAAUGACUGGGUUAGAAGGGCCCAGAGUCACCCUGUGUGUGGAAUGUGGUUAGAAGGUGAAGUCAUUCGAGACAAAGAAUUCAGUAUGAGGGAUAGCAUGUAGUGUGGGAAGGGGAAUGGAGAACCAUUUUCCCAAAAUUGCUUGGCACCUUAAAUCUUAAAUCCUCACGAUAUUAAGAGGAAAAAUGGAAAAACUUACCAGCAUGUUGAAACCCAAAGCAAAAGAAUGAUUCUGGCCAGGGAGAAUGGAAAAGUACCAGGGAUGGGCUGUGGGAAACGUAAAGUUCUGUGGCCGUUAGCAACCUACCAAAGGAUGAGAGAGUUACUUACUACAACUCCAUCCCAUGUCUGAGGAGGAGGAAGUGUUAUUGUCAUCAGGUGCUACACAGAAGACAGACAAGGAGGGGACUCUGGUAGGUUAGCCUAGUGGUUCUUGAAUUGUAGGAUCGACAUCACCUGUGAACGGUUUGAAUUACAAAUAAUAACUAGACCUCAUCUCAGAACUCUGUGAGAUGGGCCCUAAAGACCACGGACUUGAGGGCCCAUCAGAUUUAAGACCCUGUCCAUGAUAAGGGAGCAGUAGUAAUGCAGGAGCAAAUAUGAUUGAGUUGGCUACAGUGCCCCGCACAAUGUCAAUAGUUACUUGGCCUCUGAGCUCUGAGCUGUUUUCCUUUCUUAAAAUGAUAAUAGUAGGUUGCACUAUGUAACACUUUUACUCUGUUGCCGCUGCCCCCCCCCCCAUCCACCUUUGGUAACUUCCAAUAUGAAUAGAAUACAAUGUAUUUAGAUGACUACUCCCUCCCUCUCCUCAAGGGACACAUAGGCACAGGCAUGGGCUCACACCCCACCCCACCCCCACUCAGGCACACACACACAGAGAGAGAGAGAGAGAGAGAGAGAGAGAGAGAGAGAGAGAGAGAGAGAGAGAGAGAGAGAGAGAAGAGCUUCAUGGGUGUCUACUGUGCUCCACAUAGCUGUAGAAAACUGACUGUGCCUCCCUCGGUGGCUGUCACCUGCCUAAAGCCCCUCCGCUAAGGGGAGAGCCUCCUGGGCUGCCCCUCUGUCCAUGCUGGAGUACUGACCGGCUGGCGCUUGAGCUUGUGCAGGUCUUGUGCAGGCAGCCACAGCUGUGCUAGCUUUUGAGUGCAAAGGCCCUGCCUUGUCCGCACCUCACUAUUUUGUGGCAAUCUCCCCUCAGCCCUGGCUUUUAUAAUCUCUCUGGCCCCCUUCCACAGUGUUCCCUGAGUCAUGGGGGAGGGGUGUAACAGAUUUCCCAGGGGUGUUAUAGAUUUUCCAGUUAGGGGUGAGUUCCUUUGAGUUCUAGGGGUUUGGAUUUGGAUUUUUAUGAUAAAA